AACUAGUGAAGAAGAGGGAAAAGUUGGGGGAAACAGGCGAAGAAGAACGCUUCAUGGUUACCUUCAAAUUAUAGUGGCGGCGUCGUGUGUCUCAUAGUGAGUUCACUGUUUUAUUUUUGCUUCCAGGAGAGAUUAUUAGUCCUGCGUGUGAUCCUGACCGCCCUGAUCCAGGUUUAACCCCCGGGUGAUAAUGCCUCGUUACGAGCUGUCUCUGGUGCUGAAGGCCAUGCAGAGGCCGGAGACGGCGGCGGUGCUGAGGCGCACGGUGGAGAGUCUGAUGGAGCGCGGCGCUGUGGUCAGGAACCUGGAGAACCUCGGGGAGAGGAGGCUACCGUACAAGAUCAGCAAACACAACCAGCGGCACACGCGCGCAGCAUACUUCCUCAUCGACUUCCACGCCUCGCCGUCAGUCCUGACCCCCUUACUGAAUCACCUGGAGAGAGACGUGGACGUGGUGCGGCAGACGGUGUUGAAGAAGGACACAGAGCUCCCUACAGCCCCGUGCUGCGGUCCCCCACCUUCACACACCAGCACCAGAUGACUUUGCAUAAAAGUCUAUAAGGAAGAAGAUGAGCUGCUGGGUUUCUCCCGAAUUUCAACUGUUUGUGUGAGAGUUUAUUAUGAGAAAUGAAUAAAUAAAGUAAUCUUUUUAAAAUUUUUGUUUAUUUUGUGUCUAAUAAGUCAACACUUUAAAAAGCUUUACAGAAAUAUAUGUACAUGCUGCUGACAAAUGAAUAGAAAAUUGUACAAAAUAAAACUUAAUAAAAGGGAUAAAACCUAGGCCUUUAGGCUCAAUUAUAUAGUUGUUAAUUAAAUUAUACUAAAGCAAAUUGAGGCACUGAGUUUGAUUAAGAUUGAAUGUUUACCUGCGCAGUAAUGCCAUCAACUGUAAUCACAGAUCUGAUUAAAUCAUAUGAGAAUGUUGGAACAGGAA